AUGAAAUUUGAUUCAAAUCUUAGCAUAAAUGAUAUUGAGACUAAAAUUCUUAAAUUUUGGAAGGAUACAAAAUGUUUUAAAAAAAGCAACGAAUUGAGUAAAAACAAGAAGAAAUAUACAUUUUAUGAUGGUCCACCAUUUGCAACUGGGCUACCACACUUUGGUCACAUUCUUGCUGGAACUGUGAAGGAUGUUAUUACCAGGUACCAAUAUCAACAUAACAAAAGGGUUGAUAGAAGAUUUGGAUGGGACUGUCACGGGUUACCUGUCGAAUUUGAGAUCGAUAAAAAUUUAGGAAUUUCUGUUAAACAAGAAAUUUUAGAAAUGGGCAUAGACAAAUAUAAUGCAGAAUGUAAGUCAAUUGUUAUGAAACAUUCUAGUGAGUGGAAGGAUACUGUAGAAAAAAUGGGUAGAUGGGUUGAUUUUGAUAAUAGUUACAAAACAAUGGAUCUAAGUUUUAUGACUAGUGUCUGGUAUGUUUUUUCUCAAUUGUAUAAAAAAGGAUAUGUUUACAGAGGGUAUAGAGUUAUGCCAUUUUCUACUGGAUGUAUGACUACUUUAAGUAGUUCUGAAGCAAAAUCUAACUACAAGAUGGUAAAUGAUUUAUCGGCGGUUGUAGAAUUUCCACUUAAAUCAAAAUUAUUCGAUAAGAAGGUUUCCAUUUUGGCGUGGACUACAACUCCUUGGACUCUACCCUCGAAUUGUGGUUUAGUUGUUAACAAAGAUUUUGAUUAUCAAAUAUUUGAAAUUGAUCAUAAAUUUUAUUGCAUGUUACCAAACAGAAUACAAGAUUUUAAUAAAAAGGAAGUUAUAUUACAUGAAUUAUUUAAAGGAGAAUUACUUAUUGGAUUGGAAUAUGAACAGCCAUUUAAUUAUUUUGAAGAAUACAGAAGGUGUGGAUUUUUUAAAAUUAUUGGGGGAUCUUUUGUAUCUUCUACUGAUGGUACAGGUAUAGUGCAUGCUGCCCCUGCUUUUGGUGAGGAUGAUUAUAAUUGUUUUGUUGAAAACAAUUUGAUUAAGCAAAACGAUUUAGUUCCUUGUCCUGUAGAUGAAAAUGGCAAAUUUACAGCCGAGGUUUUUGAUUACAAAGGAAUUUAUGUAAAAGAUGCAGAUAAAUUAAUUAUAAAACAUCUUAAAGAAAAGAUUUUUUGUGUAAAGCAGAUUAGUCAUAAUUAUCCUUUUUGUUGGCGAUCUGAAAAACCUUUAAUUUAUAGACUAGUAUCAAGUUGGUUUAUUAAAGUUUCUGAUAGUGUUGAUAAGUUAAUUAAAAACAAUGAAAUUAUAAAUUGGGUGCCUAAAGAUAUAAAACAUAAAAAAUUUGGUAAAUGGUUAUCCAAUGCUAAAGAUUGGGCAUUUUCUCGAAGUAGGUUUUGGGGUACACCAAUUCCACUAUGGAUAAGUGACGAUUAUAGUGAAAUUUUAUGUGUUGAAUCGGCGGAAGAAUUAGAAAAAUUGAGUGGGAAAAAAAUUACAGAUUUGCAUAUGGAAUUUAUCGAUGAUAUUAUUUUGACUAAAAAUGGAAAAACACUACGAAGAAUUCCUGAGGUAUUUGAUUGCUGGUUUGAGUCGGGAUGUAUGCCUUAUGCACAGCAUAGUUGGCCAUUUAGAAAGGUUGAUAAUUUGAAUUGUGAAGAAAUUCGUCAUCAUUUUCAUGAUUCUGAUAAUACAUUAGUUUAUGAAAAUAAGAUAUUAGAAAAUUUUCCUGCUGAUUUUAUUGGUGAAGGAAUUGAUCAAACAAGAGGUUGGUUUUAUACUCUUCAUGUCAUUUCUACUCUAUUAUUUGACAAACCGGCUUUUAAAAAUGUUAUUGUUAAUGGCAUUGUUCUUGCUGAAAACGGUAAAAAAAUGUCGAAAAAAGAUAAAAAUUAUCCAGAUCCAAAUAUUGUCAUGAAAACAUUCGGUGCUGAUAGUUUAAGGAUGUAUUUGAUCUCUUCACCUGUAGUAGAAGCAGACAAUCUUUUAUUUAAAGAAGAUGGUGUUAAAGAUGUCAGUAAAUUACUUAUCAUCCCGUGGAUGAAUGUUUUAAAAUUUUAUACAACCUCUUUGCAAAAACGUAAUGAUUGUGAGAAAUUAGAAUUAGAUAACUGGAUUAAUUAUACAUUUAAUGAAUUUUUAUCUUCUGUAUCAAAUUAUAUGAAUAAUUAUCAAUUAUCUAAAGUAUGUGGAUUGGCCUACAAAUUUCUUGAUAAUUUGUCAAAUUGGUAUUUAAGGAUUCAUCGAGAAGAAAUACGGUCAGGCAAUACAAAAAUUUUAUUUAAUAUUUUAAAAAAAUUUAGUGUAAUUAUGUCUCCUUUUGCACCAUUUUUUAGUGAAUAUUCUUUCCAGUGUCUACUUAGUUCACAACAAAAUGAGAAGAGUAGUUCUAUAAAUUCUGUUCAUUUUCAAAUGUAUCCUGAAGCACAAGAUAGUGGGGAUAACAGUUUUGAAAAUGCUAAAGAUAUCAUUGAUGCUAUUAGAUAUCUAAGAGAUAAACAUACAAUAAGCCUUAAGACACCUCUUAAGGAAGUAAAGAUAAUUAGCGAUGAAUUAUUUAUGAAAGACGCUGCUAAAUUUUCCAACACAAUCAUACGAGAGUGUCACGUAUUUAAUUUAAUUUUUGUAAAAGAAUCAGAGGUUCCUGAACUAAAAAUUGAAUAUAAAGCUAAACCUUGUUUUGAAUAUUUGAAAAAAGAUUUAAAAACAAUGAAUGAUAAAAUUAAGAUUAUUAAUAAACUUACACAAAGUGAAAUACGAGAUCUUGCAUUUUUAGAUUUAUCAGAAGAAAAAUAUAAUGUUAAAAGAGAAAAUAUUUUGAUUGAAAAAAAGGCUACUUUUCCAACAGGAUUAUGUUUUGCUUCAAAUAAAUUUGUUAUUUUAGUAGAUAAUACAAUUGAUGAUAACGUAUUAGAGAAAAAAUUGGCACGAGAAUUUAACAGUUUUAUUCAAAAAUUACGAAAAUCCUGCGGGCUUAAAAUGAAUGACACAGUUAAUGUGGAAGUAGAUAGUGAAAAGAUUAAGCAAAUUACCAAAAAAUUUUAUCCUAUUAAUUUUAGUACAGAAGGCCAGAUUGUUAGCCCUAUCGAUAGUGAUGCUCAGAUUGACGUAUUUUCUUAUGAAGGGCAAGAACUAAAAGUAAUUUUAAGGCUUAAUAAAUUUUUAUAA